AUGCGGCCAUCAUCCGCUGUACCUGUGGCAUGCUGUCUCAUUCAAUGGGCAUUGUGCUAUCAAGACCAGAAUCCGUUGUUGGGCGCUGAUGCAGGCAAGUUGGUGAGCAGCCACGGCCAUGACUACCCCCCGUCGUAUCGAAACGAACUGCUGCGCUUGCACAAGGACCUCAUCUCCAUCCCUUCCAUAACCGGAGACGAGAAUAACGUUGGCCGUUUCAUCGUCGGCUACCUCACCAAAUCCGGCUACAAUGCGCAACUUCAAUCCGUCGCCGAAGAAGGGAGCCCCAAGGGCAAGGAACGCUUCAAUAUCCUCGCGUGGAAGGGUGGUGAAACACCAAGUCCAAGGGUCGUGGUGUCUACCCACAUCGACGUUGUCCCGCCCCAUAUUCCUUACAGCAUCGAACAUGGUGAAAUCACCGGUGCAACCAUGAUCAAGGGCCGUGGUUCCGUCGACGCCAAAGGCAGCUUGGCGUCCAUGAUAACCGCUGUCAACCAGCUCCACCAUGCCAACAGCAUCACCACCCCCGAAGACGUUCUCCUGCUCCUCGUUGUAGGCGAAGAAGUGGCUGGUGAUGGCAUGCGCAUCUUCAGCAAGUCCCUCGCCGAGAUGAAGAACCCCCUUCGCCCCGAGGCCGUCAUUUUUGGUGAGCCUACAGAGAACAGGCUGGCAUGCGGCCACAAGGGCGGUCUCUUCUGUGACGUCGUUGCCAAGGGUGCUCCCGGUCACAGCGGAUAUCCCUGGCUGGGUAAGUCUGCCAACGAGCUCAUGGUUCGCGCCAUGGCCAAGAUUCUCGACACAGACCUCGGCAGCUCGGAGCUGUUUGGCGAUACCACUUUCAACAUUGGUCGGUUCGACGGUGGCGUAGCGGCCAAUGUCAUUCCUGAGACGGCAAAAGUGAAAUUCGCUGCCCGCAUCGCCACGGGACCCGAAGAAUCAGCUCACUUAGUUGUCAAGGAAAAAGUGCAGUCCAUUCUAGACGAGGUGGACAAGCAAGCGUUCGAGAUGAUUUGCACCCAUGGAUAUGGGUCGGUGAAAUGCAAUUGUGAAGUAGAAGGUUUCAACAAAAUCACUGUCAAUUAUGGUACGGAUAUACCCAACUUGGCUGGAAACCACACGCGCUACUUGUAUGGACCGGGUAAUAUUUUGGUGGCUCAUGGGGCGAGAGAGAACUUGACUGUAGCGGACUUGGAAGAGGCUGUGGAAGGAUAUAAAAAACUCAUUCUUCACGCAUUGAAAUCAUAA